CCCCCUGCCCCUGCCCCUUGCUACCCCCUCCCAGUAUCCAGCGUCCCUUGGACAGAUUCCUCUGUGGUUGCCUGCUGCCACCUCCAGGGCCAUCAGCCCCCACGACACCUCCUCCUCCUCCUUCCCGGGGCCAGCAAAAUGCAGUUUGAGAUGCACGACAAGACCGUGAAAGGCAAAGCCAUGUCCUACCCAGUGACCAGUCAGCCUCAGUGUGCCAGUAGCUGCUACCAGACCCAGCUCAGUGACUGGCACACCGGCCUCACGGAUUGCUGCAAUGACAUGCCCGUCUGUCUGUGUGGCACCUUCGCCCCACUCUGCCUCGCCUGCCGCAUCUCCGACGACUUUGGCGAGUGUUGCUGUGCACCCUACCUGCCUGGCGGCCUGCACUCGCUGCGCACCGGCAUGCGGGAGCGCUACCGCAUCCAGGGCUCCGUGGGCCAUGACUGGGCGGCUCUCACCUUCUGUCUGCCCUGCGCCCUCUGCCAGAUGGCGCGGGAACUGAAGAUCCGAGAGUGAAGCCGGCCCCCACCUCUCCCCUCCACCCUCUCCUUCCCCUCCCGCCUCCUCUAGCCCUGCCUUUCCAUCCUACCAGCCUCCAGAAAUACACCCACAAUAAAAAGGAAAAAAAAAAAAAAAACCUGAAAACCA